AUGAAUAAAAGUGGAUUGGGAAAUGGACCAGUCUCAAUUUCAAAAAAUCUUGUAAUCAAUUCAAAACGAUUAUCUAUUAGUGAGCCAAUACUUCAAUAUAAUCAAAAGAAACAAGUUCAAUCAGUUGGUGAUUCUGAAAUACCACAUGUAUUUACUGAUUCUCCAAAUAGAUCAGAAAAUCCAGGAUUAAAUAAUAUUAAAAAUAAAUUAAAUAAUAUUGACAUUGAAGAAGAAGAACCAUUUAUUAGAAAUCAUCAAUUAACAUAUUCUCAUUUUCCACCUAAACAAACAACAAAUACAUUUGAUAGUGAUGAAUUUAAUCCAAUGGAAAUAAUUUAA